GUGUGUGCGCGUGGGGGGUUUGGGUUUUCAGCAGCAGUUUGCUGAGUUUGAGUCUUCGGGCGGAGAAACGAGGAACAAACUGUCUUUAUCUUUACCAUCACUCUGAAGACUCUCUAUCGAUCAGUUAGCAGUCUGAUCGAUCAGCUGAUCCGAUCAGAUCGAUGGAUUAGAGGAGCAGCUGCUGCAGAGACAUGGAGGGUGUGUGUGUGUGUGUGUUGCUGGUGUGUGUGCUGAGUGUGUGUGUCGGGGCUCACAGUUCGUUGGACGGCGGUGACCACGCCCACCAGGACCCCCAUCAUCAUCAUCAUCACCAUCAUCAUCUGGUUUCCAACGGCAACGCAGCCUCAGAUCUGUGUGCGAUAGACCAGCAGCUCUGUCAGGAUGAGAACUCCCUGCUGAGCUUCGAGGCGAUCUGCAGCAUCCACAAACUGAUGGACGACGACGCCGACGGCACGGUGGACACGACGGAGACGAACGAGUUUCUCAGGGAGGAUCUGAAUUAUCACGACCCCAAAGCCAAACAGAGCAGCUUCCACCGUGUAGACCUGUACAUCAGCGUGGAGGACAUGUGGUCCGCCUGGAAGAGCUCCGAAGUGUAUAACUGGACAGAGCAGCAGGUGGAGGACUGGCUGAUCAUCAGCGUGGAGCUUCCUCAGUACAUCGACACCUUCAGGAAACACCAUCUGGAUGGAAAGGCCUUACCCAGGCUGGCGGUGAAGAACACCACGCUGGCGGUGUCGGUGUUGAAGAUCUUAGACAGAAGUCAUGCUCAGAAGCUGCAGCUCAAAGCUCUGGACAUCGUGCUGUUUGGACCGCCGCCGGCAGGCCGUCACAGCCGCUGGAAGGAUCUGGUUCUGGGCGUGUCCAUCCUGAUGGCGCUGGGCGGCUGCUGGUUCGCCUACGUCCAGACCAGGAAGUCCAGAGACGACCUGGGGAGGCUGUCGAAGGACCUGGAGGGUCUGCAGCGGGCCGAGCAGAGCCUGCAGGACCUGCAGGACAAGCUGCAGAAGGCUCAGGAGGAGCAGCACAGCGUUCAGGUGGAGAAGGUGAAGGUGGAGGAGGAGCUGAGGGGCGAGAUCGACUCGGCCAAACAGGAAGCUCAGCGGCUCCGAGAGCUCCGAGAGGGAACCGAGAACGAGAGGAGCCGGCAGAAAUACGCCGAGGAGGAGCUGGAACAGGUGCGUAUGGCGUUGAAGAAGGCGGAGAGGGAGCUGGAGUCGCGGGCUCGCUGGGCGCCACCGGACUCUCUGCAGAAGUGGCUGCAGCUGACGCACGAGGUGGAAGUUCAGUACUACAACAUCAAGAAACAGAGCGCAGAGAAGCAGCUGAUGCAGGCCAGAGAGGGGGCGGAGAAGAUCAGGAAGAAGAGGAGCUCUCUGUUCGGGACGUUUCAUGUGGCUCACAGCUCCUCGUUGGACGACGUCGACCACAAGAUCCUCUCUGCCAAACAGGCGCUGGGCGACGUGACGGCGGCGCUGCGGGAGAAGCUCCACCGCUGGCAGCAGAUCGAGUGUCUGACGGGUUUCUGUGUGGUCAAUAACCCGGGUCUGGGAGCGCUGGCCGCCGCCCUCAACCUGGACCCGUCCUUCCUCGGCCUGCGACCUCCGACCACUCAGCACGUCCUCCUCUCCGACGACCUCGACGACAUGGACGAGGACAUCCUGUCUCCCGGGACGCUGCAGUACGCAGCGUGGCAGAUGGACCGGCGAGUGAGCGACCUCUGGCCCCUGAGUGGCAUCGCAGACACCCAGUCACCAUGGAAACACUCUGUUCAGAGUCUGAUGCCCCUGCGACAGAGGAUAGGAGACCCUGCUCUGGCGUUCAGCUCUCAGAGGGACAUCAUGAACCGCUCCGACUCUGACUCCGCCCUCCCUCUCUCUCACGGCGAAUCACGAGGUUUGUACAGCCCCAAGCCCUUCCUCCUGUCCUCCAGGCUCCACCCCCAGAAGGGUCAGGGCUCUGGGGUUGGUGGAGCAGGAGGAGGAGGAGGAGGCCUGGAGAAGAGCUCCAGCCUCGGGGAGCUGAGGGGCAGCCAGGCCGCCGUCCUCGCCUCCUCUAGCUCCACCCGAUCCCUCUACGUCACGUCCGACGCCGCCGACGGCCCGACCGUCUUCUCGUCCUCCGCCUCGUCCAGCUCGUCGGGCAGCGGCGGUCGGGGGACGGGCGUCCAGCUCCCGGCCAGGAGGAGCCCCGUGGAGGAGGACGGAGGGGACGAGAGCGAGUCGUCCGGCAGCCGCAGGAGAAACGCUUUUAAUAAGAUCUUUAAGAAGAAGACGGGACGCCACUGAACGCCACGGAUCUCAGACUAAACUCACAAACCUGCCAAUGACUCAUGAUGAGAUCUUCAUCAUGAUGAGGGAAACAAACUGUCGCUCACAGGGAACAUCGGGUUUUAACGCUUCACUCUUAUUCAACUUUUCUGACUUAUUGUUUUAUUUUCUCUCUGUUAAACUGAGAAGAUCAGAUGUGGACUCAAAAAGUACGACACAAGACACACAUCACAACGCCUAGAUGAACCUACGACGACACAAACCAACGAAGAAGAAUUAGAGGACGACUGAAGAAGGCAGUAAAAGUAGAACAUUUUACUUUUUCUUCAUUUUUAAAGAGGAACUUUGACAGAAGAUGAUCUUCGAGCUGGAUGUUAAGACGGAGUAUUAGGGCCACAUUGAAGAAAAAAACUAAUCUGAGAUUACGAGAAUAAAGUCAUACAUUUUGGA